AUGAAAAUUACAUUUCUAUAUUUUUUAAUAAUUACGUUAGGCGUUCUAUACCGCACGGCUGCUCAAACUGAUUCUUCUAUAAUAGGAGAAUGGAAAGAGAUUAAAAAAGCUAUAGUAGGGGCUAUGCAUCUUAUUUUGGUUCGACCCACAAAACUUCUUUUCAUUGAUAAAGCUGGAAAGAAUCCCGAUGCAGUAUACCCUGAUGGACGUUAUGCAUACUCGUCAGAAUAUGAUUUAACUACAGGCAAUAGUCGUAUUCUUAAUUUAAAAACAAAUACUUUUUGUUCUGCUGGGUCUUUUAUAGAAAAUGGUACUUUAGUUGAAUCUGGUGGUGCCGAAGAUGCUUUUGGUGCAUUGAAUGGAUCCCAAUCGAUUCGACUAUACAAUUCAUGCGAUGACGGCAGUUGUGAUUGGUUAGAGUUCCCAUAUUUGGAUACAGCAAGAUGGUAUAAUACUAUGACAACACUUCCAGAUGGUAGAGUUUUAAAUUUCGGAGGAUCAACAAUAGGAACAACCAUUAACAAUGAUUUAGUCAAUAACCCUACGUACGAAUUUUAUCCUAAAGAAUCCAAGAGCGUAAAGUUUCAAUUUCUUGUAGAUACAUUGCCAUAUAAUUUAUAUCCGGCAGUAUUUGUGCUUCCCGGUCCAUCAGAUCAAACUUGGUUGUACAUAUCAGCUAAUAAGAAAGCUAUAAUUUGGGAUUAUAUCAAACAAAUAAUAGUUAGGACCUUACCAGAUAUUCCUGGUGGUCCACGUACGUAUCCUGCUACUGGCACAAUAUUUCUUACCCCAUUACAUUAUGAAGAUAAUUAUGCUGCUGAAAUUGUCGCUUGCGGUGGAUCUGCUGAACAAAAAGUCAAUGCAAAAAGUGAUAAAGAUUGUGCAAGGCUUAAUUUAGCGAAACCAGACUCUGGUUGGACUUUAGAGCCUUUUGGUGACUUCGAUACAGGACGUUUAAUGGGUGAUUACAUUUAUUUGCCUGAUGGGAAAGUACUUAUUGUAAAUGGUGCUGGUAUAGGAUUCGCUGGUUGGGACACGGGUGACUUUACGAACAGAACACAUUCAGCAAGUAUACCGCAAAAGAUGCCAUUACUUUAUGAUCCUAAAGCACCUCUUGGAUCUCGUUUCACCAGGAUGGCAGAAGCAAAAUACAUCCGUGUUUACCAUUCAGCCGCAACUUUGAUUCCAGAUGGUACAGUUUUUGUCGCUGGUAGUAACCCAAAUGAAUAUUAUUGUGAUACCUGUGAAUAUCCUACAGAAUACCGUGUAGAAAUUUUUAAACCUGCAUAUUUUUUCAAAGGUAUCCCCCGACCUAUUAUUAAGAGUAUCAAAGGUACAAAAACCUUCAACUCCUUAACACCUAUCCAAGUAAAAUAUGGAGAGACAGUUACUAUAAUAAUGAAACUGGAUGACCACAUUGCAAAUAUUACUGCAUCCUUAAUUCAUCAUGGUUUUUCUACACAUUCACAGCACAUGUCUUCACGAUAUGUAAGCUUAAAAACCAAAAACCAAGUACCAAUCAAAUCAGGAUACGCCGUUGAUGUCACCUUACCACCACAUCCUAAUAUUAUGCCACCAGGGCGGCAUAAUUAUAUUUAUAUAUUAAACAGAGGAACGCCGGCAAAUACUGCUAUUGAAAUUAAUCUCAAGCGAUCUUAA